UUGCAUGCGAUGGAGGACGUUAUACCUAAAAAAUACAUACCGUGUUAUGUCGUAAUGAUGAUACACCCCUCACCCAUAGCAAACCCUAACACAUGCCGUAUUAAUACGCAUCCGAUACACUUCAAAACUGCCGACAUCCCUUGCUCAUCGGCCAUCGUCUUGUCGCUUUCCUUAGUUAUCCCACGACGAACCUCUCACCAGCUCUUCUUAUAUUUAGCCAGCAAUAUCUACUAAAAAUACCCCUUUGCUUCUCGCUUUGCUGCUCAUCGUAUUAAUCCUUAGCAUUUCAGUGGCAUUUAUACUGUGAUCUGACUGCUCCCCCAUCAUCCCCGCCAAAGUGCCGAAUUUUAGCCCCUCCGGCUCCCCCCCACGAAUUGUUUCCACCCCCUCUCCUAGCUCCGCCCAGCUACUGUGCGCUGCAUGCUUAGGCCUAAACAGCAAAGCAUAGCGCAUACAUAUACCUCAGCUCAGUAACAACAUUUAAACCAAAUCGCCAGGAAAAGGCAAAAGAUAUGCGUCCAGCUGGUCCGAGGGAUCCAGUUGCAGGACCCGACUCCGGCCCUCCUGCGCCGUAUCCUAUGAAACUCUCCGGCCCAGUCAUCAAGGGCUUUGGGAGGGGGAGUAAGGAGCUCGGCAUUCCUACCGCCAACAUCCCCCCAGACUCCCUCUCCCCUUAUGGAGACGUAGAGUCGGGCGUAUACUAUGGCGUCGCCGCGCUCGACCCAUCCAAAUUCAAAUAUAAGGCGGGAAGUGACGAAAAUAUUCAACCAAACGGUGCCGCCGUGACACAAGCGACAGAAUCCAAUUCUGAAAAUGAAAAUCAAAAUCAAAAUAUCUUCCCCUGCGUUCUGAGCAUAGGGUACAACCCCUUCUAUAAGAAUACAGUUCGGUCUGUGGAAAUCCACCUCCUCCCCCAAUUCACCCACCGCACCACCCCAUCUUCGCCAUCGCCAAAUUCCACAGACCAGCCAAACCGCUUCUUCCGCAUUCCCGAUUUUUACGGCACGCGCCUAAACCUGCUCGUGCUGGGCUACAUCCGGCCAGAAUACGACUAUGUCAGCCUCGAGGCGCUAGUAGAGGAUAUCCGAAUUGAUUGCGAGGUGGCGAAGAGGAGUUUGGAGAGGCCGGGGUAUUUAUGUUAUGUGGAGGGUGAUGCUGUUGGUGGAGAAGGGGACAGUGAUGGUGGUGGUGUAGCGAAGGGGGUUAGGGAGGCGAGGGGUUGGUUGAGGGGGUUUUAGUUUGAGGAAUGUAGAAAGGGGAGGGAGGAGGGAAUGUUGAAGUGUAUUGUGUGCAGUGAUGACUUUCUUUGAAUGUCAUUUUUUGUGCUCUUGCCCUGAUUCUUUAUACCUUGAUCAAUUUCUCCUUCAAGAUGUUUUUUUUUAUUUUUUUAUUAUUAUUAUUUUCUUCCAUUGUUGAUAGUGAUUGUUUUAACAGCCGCAAAUAGAUAGAUGAAGUAGAUAGUCUAUAGAUACCAUACCUAGAACAUUACAUGCACAUAUAACUAUAGACUUGAUUGACAAGACUCAUCUAUUCUAGUUUCUUUCUUUUCCUGUUUUCUUCGUAAUCAGGUUAGUAGCCUCAACCCCAUAUUUCUAAUCAUCACUUACUGCUGUUUGAAAAACAAAAUAAAUUAAAUAAAAUAAAAUAAAA